AUGGCGCGGAGCAGCUCUGGUUUGAGCAGGAAGUCUCGAUGGAGACGUAAGAGUCCAUUACCUCCUUCUUGCCCGCAGGCUGGGACCCUCCAAGCUAGUGCUGGAGAGCAGGUCCUCCAGACAGACAUCACUGACCAUGAUGGACUAAGGCUGCCAGCCCUGGUAGACUGCCCCAUUGACAGCCCCCUAAAGGCUGGGAACCUCCAAGCUUGUGCUCGAGAGCAAGUGCUCCAGACAGAUGACCAUUCCGCUGGCCAUGAUGGACUAAGCCUGCCAGCCCUGGUAGACUGCCUCCAGGAUAGCCCUCGAAAGGCAGAUGUCCAUUCCGCUGGCCAUGAUGGACUAAGCCUGCCAGCCCUGGUAGACUGCCCCCAGGAUAGCCCUCGAAAGGCAGAUGUCCAUUCCGCUGGCCAUGAUGGACUAAGCCUGCCUGCCCUGGUAGACUGCCUCCAGGAUAGCCCUCGAAAGGCAGAUGUCCAUUCCGCUGGCCAUGAUGGACUAAGCCUGCCUGCCCUGGUAGACUGCCUCCAGGAUAGCCCUCGAAAGGCAGAUGUCCAUUCCGCUGGCCAUGAUGGACUAAGCCUGCCAGCCCUGGUAGACUGCCCCCAGGAUAGCCCUCGAAAGAACCUUGUGCCGAAGCCCCCGCAAGGCCCCAGGCCCAGCCGAGAGGCAAAUAUAGCAAAGGCAGAAAAGAAGGCCACAGAGGUUAUCAAGGCUAGAAGGUCUAGGGAGGCUAAGUCAGGGGUGAAAAAACUAAGCCGCCAAGUAGUUGGUAUGUUGGCACUGCCUCAAACUCUAACUCAAACAACCAGUUACAGUGUCCUGCCAGCUAUCAAGAAGGGCACUAAAGUUACCCUCCAGUCCUCCAGCUCCCUCUCCCUCUCCGAUGACAACAAGGAGGCACUAGGGGCCGUCUGCCAGGUCCUGACCACCAGGGUGGGAGACAUCCUGAACAGUACCUGCAACAACGAUUACAAGGCCAGACUCAUCAUCCAGAAAGGAUUGGAUUCCGGUGCCAGGGAAAGGUUCCCUGACUCUCUGUGUUCCUCUUCACCCAAGGACGAAGAGGAGGUGGUUGUAAGUGUCAUGACUGUCUCAUACCCUAAGCCCUCCACCUCAACCCAGGCAGCAUGGGCAGCUCCUGCCCAGACUCUGGAAGAAGAGGUGGGGGGGGCUGAGGUCUCCGAGAUGAGCUCCCUGAUGCCCACCAAAAACAGGCAGGACCCCCUGGAGAAGAUUCCCUCCCUCCUACCAGGCAAGGAGCACAUCCUCCUUUGCAGCACUCCCUGGGCCACCGUCAUGAGCCCCCAGACUCUGAAGUUUAUUCUCCACGGCAUCAUGUGCCAACUGGAGGCCUCAGAGUCCCCCCAGACAAGGAGGGCCAAUGACCCCUUCAGGCUGAUGAAGGAUCUGUUUGUGGAGGUCCAGCAUGCCCUGAAAUAUGCUGACAUCUCUGUCGUCUUUGGCCUGGAGGAGAGCAUCCAAUUCAGUGGGGAGGAUGCGGUGAAGGCCAUCGUGAAGACUGCGGCUAAAAGAUUGUCCUUGCGUUCGGACUCCAACCGGGCUCAACUGCGUGCCGCACGCUCUGGUAGUGAGGGAGCCAUCAGGUGCAUGGCGGACACCAUCACACAAGUCAUAGAUGACUAUUCAGAGGACUGUAGUUCCGAUGGCCAUUUUGGAGCCAGGAGGAGCCGUGGUAGUGGGAGGUCACACUCCUCAAGGAGUGACGUCACCCUCACCGAGGAGCUCCUGGCUUGGAGGGAAACCCUAGAAGAGGACCGAGAGGAGAUGGCUGAUGACAGCACUGGUUUGGAAAAGACCAGUGUAAGCUCAGCCAUCUCUGAAAAGUCCCAGGUUAUUAGCUACCUUUCUGAAAGCACCAAGCCCAUCAGCAGCGCCCUCUCCACAGACCUCGAGGACAUCACCUCCACACAGAAGAAAGAGAAGGAAGAGGCUAUGAAGAAAGAAGUGAGGAAGUCAGGAAAGAAGAAGCGAGGAAAUAACAAGAACCAGAAGAAGAACAAGGUGUCUCCUCUUGGCAAUGAUAGUACUGUGGCUGCAGAUGAGCCUAAGAAAAAACAGGCUCUCCUCCCCCGGAUCACAGCCGCCCUGGCAAAACUAUUUUGCUUCCCCUUCAAAAAGAAAAUGCAAAGAGUAACUGUGCAGAAGACGAGUUUGGGAAAACCCUGCUGCCACCUCCCCCAACCCACUUUCUAA